ACGAAUUUCUAUUAAAAAGCAAGCGGGAAGGUACAAAAAACAGACUAAGGGGAAACGAAAACUGAUCUUAAUACAUUUUAGCUAUACUCUUGCUUAGUUUUUAAAGCGGGAGAGAGCGAGCGCGCACGCGCGUACAGAGAGAAAGAGAGAGAGAUUGUUUUUCCUAAUUUUCAGUGACCUGCACUAAAAGGAAAUAUAAUUGAGAAAGAUGGCGAAGCACAGUUGAGUUAUCAAGCACUAUAAUUUCAUUCCUCGUGUCUCCCAGUACUUAUAGCUGCGGAAAAGUGAAUGGGGACCAUCGCGUCCUAACUAUACUGAUGAGAAAAUCCUAGGGAGUUGAAGCGAUUGGCGAGACGGUUCCGGGAAGGAAGGCGGGGGGAGCGAGCGGAUAGGCAAUUUUGCGACUGCUACCCAAGCAAGCACCAGCAUUCACAAGCCGGGGUGCGUUGGCGGGAGGCGCGCCCUUUCCCUUGCUCGUUCUCUUUAAUUCAGCUCCUCCCCCGGUGCUUGUGGCUUUCCCUUCCAUCAAAAGCCCGAUCAGGAACGCCAGUCUUUUGGUGGGGGGGCGGGAAUCCGAAAGGAAAGAAAAAGAAAGAAAGAAAGAAAGAAAGAAAGAAAGAAAGAAAGAAAGAAAGAUACCGCUUUUCCCUUUUCUGUAGCUUCAGAUACGGCAGUGUCGGAAACUUCUGUGGAGUUAUUGGCAUCUUUUAUUAUAAAAAAUAAUUAAAAACAAUUUUAAAACCUACAGCGUUCCCCUUUUCGAUUUGCGUUCUAUUUUGUUCAUUUCCCUUUUCCUCAAAUCAGUGUUUCUUUGUUUUGGUUUUCCCCAACCGCUCCCUGGGAAAUGGGAAAAGUUACUAGCUGGUACCAAGGGUGGCAUUUCGCUUUGCUCGCCGCUCGGACCUGGCUUUUGAUCCUUACUUUUGGCUUUAUCGGAGCAGACAUCACUUGCCGAUCGUGCCGCUGGCAGGUGCAGCUACAGCCGCAGCAACCAGCCCAAGGAUUAUUAAUGAACUUGAGGACGGCACGAGGAGGCGAUGAAGCCGGAGAGAUACCUGUGGAUAAAAGAGGUGAGAAGCCCGCGAACCGCAGGCAAGAGGCGGCGGAUGCCGGGAGUCUAAGCUUGGCUGCUUCUGCUGGAGAGAAACGUGUCGGGAUGGGAUCAAAGGGUUGGAUGGGACCGAGCAAAGUGACUGGCGAGCUCCCAGAAUUUCCCCCGAUCCGCCCCAGACUAUCUCCUCCGGAUGUUGACAGGCCCAGCCGCAAAAAGUUAGCCUCGGCUCCCGCUCUAUUUCCAGCCGGGAGCGGAGGGCGUCGAGGGGUCAGUUCGGAGGCCGGCCGGGGUUCCAGAUCGGCGCUCCUGAGCCGGUGGAGGAAUUACCGGAACGAUCGGAGGCGGCGGUCGAGUCGGAAGCCCAGAGGAGCUCCGGCUGAAAGAGACGCGCAGCUGGAGAGCAGGGCACGGGCAGCGCCAGAGCAGCUGCUGGCAAAAGCCACGCGCUUCCGACAGGAAGAACUCAAACUGACGAGCACGACCUUUGCUCUGACUGGAGAUUCGGCGCAUAACCAAGCCAUGGUGCACUGGUCGGGCCACAACAGUAGUGUGAUUUUAAUUCUGACAAAGUUGUAUGACUACAACCUGGGGAGUAUCACAGAGAGCUCACUGUGGAGGUCAACUGAUUAUGGGACAACAUAUGAAAAGAUGAACGACAAAGUAGGUCUGAAGACCAUUUUGAGCUAUCUUUAUGUCUGCCCAACAAAUAAGCGCAAGAUUAUGUUGCUUACGGAUCCUGAGAUUGAGAGCAGCCUGCUGAUCAGUUCUGAUGAAGGAGCCACCUAUCAAAAAUAUCGGUUGAACUUCUACAUCCAUAGUAUGCUCUUUCAUCCCAAGCAGGAGGACUGGAUUUUAGCCUACAGUCAGGAUCAGAAGCUGUACAGUUCAGUUGAAUUUGGAAGAAGAUGGCUGCUUCUACAAGAAUCCAUAACCCCAAAUAGAUUCUACUGGUCUAAAAUGGGUACCAGCAAAGAUCCAGACAUAGUCCACAUGGAGGCAAAAACAUUGGAUGGCCAUGCACAGUACAUCACCUGUAGGAUGCAGAACUGUUCUGAAGCUGUGAGAAGCAAGCCUUUCCCUGGAUACGUUGAUUCUGACUCUCUCAUUGUCCAAGAUGAUUAUGUAUUUGUUCAGCUGACAUCUGGAGGUCGGCCAUAUUACUACGUGUCUUACCGCAGAAAUACUUUUGCACAGAUGAAACUUCCUAAAUAUGCUUUGCCAAAGGACAUGCAUGUUAUCAGCACUGAUGAGAAUCAAGUGUUUGCUGCAGUUCAAGAAUGGAACCAGAAUGAUACAUACAACCUUUACAUCUCUGAUACCCAGGGGAUUUAUUUUACCCUGGCUUUAGAAAAUGUCAAAAGUAGUCGAGACCUAGAAGGCAAUGUGAUGAUAGACCUGUAUGAGGUAGCAGGGAUAAAGGGAAUGUUCUUGGCUAACAAGAAGAUUGACAACCAAGUAAAAACUUUCAUCACCUACAACAAAGGCAGAGACUGGCAUUUGCUGCAGGCCCCGGACACAGAUCUGAGAGGGAAUCCAGUUCAUUGCCUCCUACCAUAUUGCUCUCUUCAUCUCCACCUGAAGGUUUCUGAGAAUCCUUACACCUCUGGUAACAUUGCCAGUCGUGAUACAGCUCCAGGCAUCAUCGUGGCCUCUGGUAACAUUGGAUCAGAGUUGUCAGAAAAUGAUAUCAGCAUGUUUGUUUCGUCUGAUGCUGGAAACAUUUGGAGACAAAUCUUUGAAGAUGAACACAGUGUUCUUUAUCUGGACCAAGGUGGGGUUUUGGUUGCUAUGAAUCAUACAUCUCUGCCUAUCAGACAUCUCUGGUUAAGUUUUGAUGAGGGCAGAUCUUGGAACAAGUACAGUUUUACUUCCAUCCCUCUUUUUGUUGAUGGGGUUUUGGGAGAGCCUGGAGAAGAGACUUUAAUAAUGACUGUUUUUGGACACUUCAGUCAUCGUUCUGAGUGGCAGUUGGUAAAAGUAGAUUACAAGUCCAUUUUUGAUAGACGGUGUGUGGAAGAUGAUUAUCAACCUUGGCAGCUUCAUAGUCAGGGAGAAGCGUGCAUCAUGGGAGCCAAAAGGACGUACAAGAAGCGUAAGUCAGAAAAGAAAUGCAUGCAAGGCAAGUACGCUGGAGCCAUGUCCUCUGAGCCAUGUGUUUGCACAGAAGCAGACUUUGACUGUGAUUAUGGAUUUGAGCGCCACAGCAAUGGCCAGUGUUUGCCAGCUUUUUGGUAUAACCCAUCGUCUUUGUCAAAAGACUGCAGUCUUGGUCAAAGUUAUCUCAAUAGCACUGGGUACAGGAAGGUUGUGUCUAAUAACUGCACAGACGGUGUGCGUGAACAGUACACAGCUAAGCCGCAGCAGUGUCCUGGCAAAGCCCCGCGAGGACUUCGGGUUGUCACAUCAGAUGGCACACUGACAUCAGAACAAGGGCAUAAUGUUACCUUCAUGGUACAGCUGGAAGAGGGUGACAUUCAAAGAUCAAUAAUCCAUGUGGAUUUUGGAGAUGGUAGUGCUGUGUCAUAUGCCAAUCUGAGCUCAACAGAAGAUGGAAUCAGGCACAUCUAUCAGAAUGUUGGCAUCUUCCGUGUAACUGCGCAGAUCAAAAACAGCCUGGGGACUGACAGUGCAGUCCUGUAUUUGCAUGUAAAUUGUCCUUUAGAGCAUGUCCAUUUGUCACUUCCAUUUGUAACAACAAAGAACAAAGAAGUUAAUGCCACAGCAAUAUUAUGGCCCAGUCAAGUUGGAACUCUAACCUAUAUUUGGUGGUUUGGAAACAACACUGAGCCACUAAUUACUCUAGAAGGGACCAUCACAUUUACCUUCUCUAUGGAAGGUAUGAACAUAAUCACAGUACAAGUUUCUGCAGGAAACACAAUUCUGCAAGACACCAAGAUGAUUGCAGUAUAUGAGCAUUUUCAGUCUUUACGGCUUUCGUUUUCUCCAAAUCUGGAUGAAUACAAUCCAGAUAUUCCUGAAUGGAGACGGGAUAUUGGUUAUGUCAUUAAGAUAGUUCUAGUUGAGGCAACAAGCAUUUCCAGUGAACAAAUUUUGGUAGCAAUCCUGCCAGGGUUACCCACCUCAGCUGAACUCUUUAUUUUGCCCUAUAAGAAUAUCAAUGGAGAAAGUCAAGAAACAGCUGAAGAUCUGCAACAGAUUUCAGAAAUAUUGGUCCAGAGAUUAAACCAAAAUGCGAUUCAGUUUGACUUAAAGCCUGGAGUUAGAAUCCUUGUUCAUGCUGCUCAUUUAACAGCAGCUCCACUCAUAGAUGUCACGCCUAGCCAUAGUGGUUCAGCCAUGCUAAUGUUGCUGUCUGUAGUAUUUGUGGGAUUGGCAGUAUUUGUAAUCUACAAAUUCAAAAGGGUUGCCAGAUUUCCAAAGACCAAUUCUUGUUCACAAGAGGCUAUUGGGAGGAAAAUCUCCUGGACAUCCUGGACACCAACCAGCGAGUGUGACCAGACAGCCAAGGACUGCCCAGGGUCCAGGACCAGACAGUGCAUAGACUCUUGCCCUGCUGAUAAGCACACUGGUGGUCAGAUGUCUGAGGAAUGCUCAUCAGGCGCAGGAAGUAUUUCCACAGUUGCUGAGACUCAAAGCACAAAAGAAAUUCCUACCUGUAUUAAUGUUUGAAACAAGGACACCAAUCUAUCUUUAUCCCCUUCCAAUUUAUUAUAUAUAUAUAUACAGACACACACAUAUAUUGUGUGUGUAUAAAAUCUCAUACAAAAAUGAGAGAGAGGAACCAUUCACUGCUUUUGGACUUUUGAUUCUUUCUGAUGACAAAAAAGGUUUUUAGCUUUAAGCCUGUGCAUGUGGAUAUCAUUUGGGUAACAUAUUUGGAAUGUACAGGUGCUCUAUUUUAGUGGGGUAAUAGGAAAAUACUACUUCCUCUUAAUCCUCUUCCUGUUUCCUUUUCUAAUCAAUAUUUAAUUUUUAGAUGAUCCAUACUGAUAUAGGCCAAGAAUGUGCAUGGGGUAUUUUGGGAGGGAAAUUAGGUGAACGUAAACUUGCUGACUUUCAGUAUAACUCUUAACGUUUUUAGCACUGAAGGAUUAUAGAUGACUUUGGCACUACAGCCUACAUUCCUGAAAUACAGAAAAAAAUGUAAUAGAGUUUUAAAAACAUAACUGUUUUAUUAUUAUUUUUUCCUUGUGUUUUUAUCUGGUAUUUUAUGUACUCCCUGAAAUAAUUUGUCUGGGGUUCUUUUAGUUUUGUUUUUUAACUGCCAAAAUCAAAAUACUUUAUACAUAGUUGAUUGACACUUUCAUUCAUGCCUUUGUAGUACAAGAAGAACAACAACAAAAAACCAACUAUCCUUAUAGAUAUAAAUCUAAUAAGAGGCUUUGAAUAUCAGUUUUAGCUUGUCUUUGCCAUUUGAUAUCGUUAGGUACAUGUUUUACCCUUUAAUAAAGACAUCUAGUUAAGACUGUUCUACUUAGCAUUUGUAUUAAUAAUUUCAAUCAUUUUUGCCAACAUCCACUCUAUUCAAUUUGGAGAUAAUUAUUCAUUAGUUGAAUGGAAGUAGUUGGAGAAAAUAUUAUUUCCUAUAAUUUCUACAUUGUUGCCUCUUCCCAACUGUGUUGGUGGGUUUUUAAAAUGGUUUAAAAAAAACAAAAUAAAUGAGAGUGAUUUGGUACAUUGAGUAAAUAUUAUAAAUUGGUUCAAUCUAUGAGCCAACAAUCACCAAUUUUCAAAAGGCCUUGUUCCAGAGGAAUAAAUUGCAAGUCCUGUUAUCCCUGGACUGUACACAGAAAUGAUAUUUGUGUGACUUCAUUAUAAACAUCCCACAAAAUGUAGAUAAUAGUAUAAUAGAUAAUAUGUUUGCAUAAGAUGUAGACAUAACAGAAACCUUUAAAUCAAGUUUUACUAUUUACAUGAAAUGUUUUCCCCAUACUGGGGCUAAUUUUACAUCUUGUAGCUGGAAUAUAUUGACAUAGCACAAUAUAAUUAACUUUUUUAGAUAAAUGCUAAAUAUAUUACCAUAUCUAUUUAAAAACCAUCUACCUUUUUAUUUCAUUGUUUUUAUUGCAUUGUGGAAUAAAAGAGGUCCAGCUACAAAUUCUAUAGACCAGACUCAAAUACAUUAUUUUUCUAGACUAAGUCAGUGAAAAUGUUCCACUGAGCAGAUUUUAGUUCCUCCAAAUUUGUAACCAAUUGAAAAUAAUCCUCACUAGGGUGACUCAAUGUACAUGUUAGCUGUAAACUGAAACUUAAUUAAUACAUUAAAGACAUAAUCCAUAUAUUGAGAAUGACUUUUAAUUGCACGCCUGAUGAUUGAAAGACCUGGCCUAUUUUUUUUAUUCGCUUGUUGGUUAACCACUGCUGGAUUUUUAUAACUUUUUGCUUUAUGAAAAGUUACAGUAAAGACAGUAUCUUCUUAUAAAUAUUGGACUCAGUAGGAGAAAUAUAAUUCCCAUGAAACCAGCUCCUGGAGUGCACAUGUACUAGUGGGACAUGAACAUUGUCUUGGAAUAGCAACCUCCCCAAUAUGAACUGAAUGGUCUUAUCUAGUGGUGUCAAACUUGCAACGUCACGUUACAUGUUGCGACAUAUUGCGACUUUUUUUCCAUUGCCAGCAAUGGGGUGGGCACAGUUUUGGCAUGACGCAUCCGGCUCUUGGACCAGCAGUUUGACACCCCUGCUCUUAUCUGUCUCUUUGUCAAUCUGUUAAAGUAACAUCAAAUAAAGUAAGAAGUAUCAGGGAUUAUGUAAUUCAUUGAACAUUUAAAGUCUUGAAGGGCUGUUAUGCAGUGCUAAAGCAUCAAUUCCAGUGGUGAGAUUCAGCCAGUUCACACCACUUCAGUAGAACUGGUAGCUAAUUUUUUGUUGCCCAGGCCCAGAAUGGACUUCUGGAAGUGACAUCCACACAGGGAACCGGUUGUUCACAUAUUUGAAUCCCACCACUGAUCGAUUCCAUAAACUAUUGAUUGAGGUAUAUUACAGAGAUGUAAAAUACUAGUAAAAUAUCUACCUCACUUACCUAGGUGAGUAAGCCAGUCCAAUGAAACUGUUUUCCAAAGCACUGAAAUUUCUAAACAUGCAUUAGUUUUUGAAAGUCACUAGAUAUUACUAUCACUAGAUAUUUUAAAACAUUUCCAGUGGUAUGGUAGUGUUCAGAAUGAUCAUAAUUGAGGACUUUAUAGUUAAGAUUAUUAACUAUAGUUAUUAAUUUCUAAAUCAAUUUAAAUAAUUAAUUUGGUUUAUAUGUUAGGAUUCAAAUUCAACAACCAGAUAUUUAAAUACUUAUGCUUAAAACUUUUUUAAAAAGUGUUAUGAAACUUUGAACUUCAAAAUGAAUAUUAAAAUGUGAGUGUAUUAAUAAGUAUGAUUAUUAAUACAAUAAUUGCUAUUUAUAAUAAAAUUAAUGAAAUUUCAUGUAUGCAGGAAAAAAUGAAAAAUGAUCCACUGAGAUACAUUGUUUCAGAUUUUUAUAAUAUGACAGGUUUUUUUAACCUUAAUUUAAACAUCAUUUAACUUAGAUUACUUCAGAUUUAUGCCAGUUUUAAAGGUCAAACCUUUAGUUUUAGCCAACGUUGAGGGGGUAUGGGGUCGGAAAUACAGUGCUAAGAUCAUCAGACUACUAAGCUGCUGGCAUCAGCACUGUUAUAUGGAUAUUUAUUGCAAAUCUUGUAAUCAUUACAUAAUGAGAAGCUGUUGCCUGGGCAACAGGCUUUGGUAUGGCUCAUCUUCCAUCAAUGGAUAUUUAUAAAUAUCCUGCUUUACUGGAAUUGAAACUGGCAAGAUAAGUUUUCCUAUAUAAGAUGCUGGUGUGAUUGUUUCGGCACAGUUCUGUUAUUAAGGCUGCACUGGUAUUCUUAUUGUCAGUGGGAUUGAGUCAGAUAAAACCCAAGUAUCCUGAUUUAAACUGCUAGUGUACCACAGACUUAAUAUAUAAUAUACCAAUGCACAAAAUCCUUUUGGGAAGAUGAUAAAAAAACAAAGAGCUGGUGUCCUUUGCUGAGUGGCAUUUGGUCAUAUGAAUGUUUUGAAAAGCAAUUAAGUUCAUAACUCAAUAUUUCUAAUAAUGAAUUUGGACAACCAAAUUGGAUAUUUUUCAUGUUAUUUCAGCAAGUAGAAUUUCUGCUUCCAUGAGUCCUGAUGUUGUUUUGUUGCCUUAUAGAUGGGCACAUUGGUGCAGGUUUGCAAAUACAACUGGCCAUACUAUAAGGAAAGCUUCAGUGUUAUACUAACACUAUUUUCAGUUUUAAAUUAAGAAAUGCACAGGCAAAUUUUUGAAGUCCAAUUAUUUAAAUAAUAGGUUAAUUACUUAAAUGUCUCCCCUAGAAAUCAAGAAAGCAUUUAAUUUCAAUCUUCAAUCUCAUUCUUUUUUGAAGUCCAUUUUAAUGCUAAGGCCCAAAUUGGUACAUGUGAAUAUAUGAAAUAUAGAGUGAGGAUAAUAUUUGGCUUAUUGUAAUGCUAAGAAAUUAUGGGUGUGAUGAAUCAGAACAGAAUCCGUAUUUUUUCAUAGAACAAGGACAGAAUAUUAUUCAUAGUCUCAAAGCAGAAAAAAGUAGAUAACUAUAAAAUAAGUCAUAUUGAUAAACCUCUAGAAUUCUUCUAUACCUUUUCCUACCAGAUGAGAAUUAUGUGUAUCCAUCGGUGUAGCUGUCAGGAUAUGGGAAAAUAAUCAAGGAUCACUGUACAAUAAUUCUCACAAUUUUAACAGAUAGAAGUCCAAUAUUAGUGGUGUUAUUUUUAUAGGAAAUAAAUUUGAUUUCUUACGGCAUUGAACUAUUGCUAAUUUUGAAAUGAGUUUUUGAUGUAAUUUUCUCCUCUUGGUUGGAUACAAUGUAGUGUAAUGUAUAAUUGCUAUUGUUUAUUGAUUUUACAGUCAUAUUUAUUAAA